AUGUUAAACUCGGCCAGGACUGUUCUUGCACGACAUUCUGCAAGACAGUUGUACAGGUUUCGUGGCUGUCUCGUCCACCAACAGCGACACCGGCACCAGGUUCAGCGUACUUUGGCCACCCACGUCCAACGCCACCUUCCAGCAUCGCUCGAUGACAAGGCUUUGGUAGCGCUGUUUGACCAGCCAAAUGGCUCGAAGCUGCGUUCACCCUUCAACACGACAGGGCUCUUUGGUCAUCCGAACCUAACCCAUCCCCGCGCUCUCGUGUCAUUGGCGGAAUCCACUCUCGUUCGAGCCCAGUUGCUCACACAACGGAUAUUGGAAGCGGGAAAGUCGGAACAUGAGCUCGCAAAGGUCGUCAAGAAUCUCGACCGUCUCAGCGACAUGCUGUGUGGGGUCAUUGACCUUGCCGAGCUCGUUCGAAAUGCUCAUCCCGACCGACUGUGGGUUGAGGCCGCCAACCACGCCUACGAGACUCUAUGCGAGUUCAUGAACGUGUUAAAUACACAUACGGGUCUCUAUGAGGUCCUCAAACAAGUCCUAUCCAACCCCACGCUCGUGAACUCACUCAGUCCGGAGGCCUACCAAACAGCCCUCAUUUUCUGGCGUGAUUUCGAAAAGUCUGCAAUAGAUCUACCCCCUGCGCAACGUAACAAAUUCGUUUCACUAUCUUCCGACAUUCUCGUACUUGGGCGCCAAUUCCUGGAAAAUGCGAGCACCCCAAGACCUCCGACGUCUAUCAAGGCUUCGGAUUUGGCUGGACUGAAGGACAAGGGGAUGGGGGUCCGGCUACAACUGCAAGCCCAGUUUACGAACAGGGAUCUGCAGAUCUAUCCUGGUUCCCUGCAGGCGCAUAUGAUCAUGCGGUCUGCGCCUAACGAGGAACCGAGGCGAAGGCUGUACCUUGCGGCCAACUCUAGUACCCAGGAGCAGAUAGAAGUUCUAGAGGCACUAUUGAAGAAGCGAGCAGAGCUUGCCCAGCUGGUUGGAAGGGAAAGUUUUGCUCACAUGACACUUGACGACAAGAUGGCCAAAACCCCAGAUAAUGUUACUAACUUCCUCGACGCACUAAUUGACCACACACGACCCUUUGCGAGGAGCGCCCUACGCACCCUCGCACAAAGAAAACAAGCACACCAUGGACUAUCUUCACUACCUAUCAUACAGGCCUGGGACCGCGACUUCUAUUGCCCUCCGGAUCCACCAGCGCCACCGAUCCCCCUUCCGCCAUUGACUCUUGGAACUGUAUUCAUGGGCCUCUCCCGGCUGUUCCGCCACCUCUAUGGUGUUUCUCUUCGCCCGGUACCUUCUGCUUCCGGCGAAGUCUGGCAUACAGACGUUCAGAAGCUCGAAGUGGUCGAUGAAGACCAAGGUAUCAUUGGGUGGAUUUACGCGGAUCUCUUUGCCCGGCGAGGCAAAGCCAGUGGAGCAGCUCAUUACACAGUUCGAUGUUCAAGACGGACAGAUGACGAUGACGAGCAAGGUGAUGGGAUGUUUGAAGGCGCGGAGCUGCAGAUCCUGGAGUCGCAGGAAUUCGAGGCUGUGAAGCGACACAGACUUCCUAACCAGGAGGGUGUCUUCCAGCUGCCUUUGGUGGUCUUGCUCUGUGAAUUUACAAGGCCAACUGUAUCCAAGGGUGGCACUAUUCUCGAAUGGCACGAAGUGCAAACUUUGUUCCACGAAAUGGGCCAUGCCAUGCACUCCAUGCUUGGUAGAACAGAGUACCAGAAUGUCUCCGGUACACGCUGUGCCACCGACUUUGUCGAACUCCCUUCCAUUCUCAUGGAGCACUUCCUCAACUCCCCCGCCGUCCUUUCCCUCUUCGACGCCGAUGGCACUUCAACACUGCGUCAAAUUGGUAACCACCAUCACGACCCUUGCCACGCCAUCGACACCUACUCCCAAAUCAUGCUCGCGGUCGUAGACCAAAUUUACCACUCACCCACCGUCCUCGACCCUUCAUUCGAUUCUACACGGGAAUACGGGAACCUGCAAAACACGCGCGGUCUUAUCCCGUAUGUGCCUGGCACUUCCUACCAGACUCAGUUUGGCCAUCUUUUUGGAUACGGUGCGACGUACUACUCGUACCUGUUCGAUCGCGCCAUUGCCUCCAGAGUGUGGUCCAAGGUCUUUUCCAAGGAUCCUUUGGAUAGGGAAUUGGGCGAGAAGUACAAGAGAGAGGUACUACGGUGGGGAGGUGCGAGAGACCCUUGGGAGAUGGUUGCAACAUUGCUUGACGCACCAGAGCUGGCUGCUGGAGAUGCAGAAGCCAUGAGGGAGGUUGGACGAUGGAGGAUCGAGGAUGAAGUUGGCGUUGGCGGAAGGCAUUAA